GAGGAAACUGAGGUUCUCAGCCGGCCUUUGAGAUGAUGGGCCUGGGAAACGGGCGCAGGAGCAUGAAGUCGCCGCCGCUCGUGCUGGCCGCCCUGGUGGCCUGCAUCAUCGUCCUGGGCUUCAACUACUGGAUCGCCAGCUCCCGGAGUGUCGACCUGCAGACCCGGAUCCUGGAGUUGGAGGGCAGGGUCCGCAGGGCAGCGGCCGAGAGAGGCGCGGUGGAGCUGAAGAAGAACGAGUUCCAGGGAGAGCUGGAAAAGCAGCGGGAGCAGCUCGACCGAAUCCAGUCCAGCCACGACUCGCAGCUGGAGAGCGUCAACAAGCUGUACCAGGACGAAAAGGCGGUUUUAGUGAAUAAUAUCACCACAGGGGAGAGGCUCAUCAGAUCCCUGCAAGACCAGUUAAAGGCCCUGCAGAAGAACUACGGCCGCCUGCAGCAGGACGUGCUCCAGUUCCAGCGGAACCAGACCAACCUGGAGCGGAAGUUCUCCUACGACCUGAGCCAGUGCAUCAAUCAGAUGAAAGAGGUGAAGGAGCAGUGUGAGGAGCGAAUAGAAGAAGUCACUAAAAGGGGAAAUGAAGGUGUUGCUUCCAGAGACCUGAGUGAAAAAAAGGACCAAAGCCAGCAGCUCCGAGCCCCCAGCGAGCCUCAGCCCCGGCCACAGGAAGCAGACCUGCCCCAGGCAGCGGUGCCACAAGUGAGAGGAAACGUGCCCAGCAAUGGGGAGCCCCAGACACCAGCCCCCAGUUCUGAGGCGGCUUUGGAUUUGAAGAGACAAGGUGAGAAAGAGGAAACCAUCGAGCUUCAGGUGGCCAGUGAGGAGGAGCCCCCGAAGGACAUUCCGGGGCUGCCGCGGGCGCCGGGCCGGGAGCAGGCUGCGGAGGGAGCCGGGCCAGAAGCCGGGGCGGCCGGCCAGGCCGCAGGGGCGCCAGCGGCGAUGCCGGCAAGCCGGGAGAAUGCGGACACGGAGGACCUCGAGCGGGACCAGCUGGUCAUCCCCGAUGGGCAGGAGGAGGAGCGGCAGGAUGCCGGCGAGGAAGGGAGACACCAGCAAAAGCUGGGAGGAGAGGAUGACUACAACAUGGAUGAAAAUGAGGCAGAAUCGGAAACGGAGAAGCAGGCAGCCCUUGCAGGGAGCGACAGCAACCUAAACGUUCUUAAUGCUGAAAAUCAGAAAGAAGACAUGAUAAAUUUGCUUGAUCUGCGUGAAAAGAGGAAUCACACACUCUGAAUCAACUGGAAUCAUAAACUUCAUGUCAGGAUUGAGCAGAGAUCACUACAAAAUAUUUAUGAGGGGUUGAAUACUGUGAAAUAAGUAAAAUAUACAGCUAAAGAUGAUUGUGGAGUUUUGACAUGUACUUUAUGUAGGAAAAUGUGUUGUAGAUGGUUUUUGGGGGGUAUUUUCAAAGUGUUUAUACUAAGGUGUCAAAAUUUGUCAGCUAAUAGGUAUGAGAAGAUCAACAUCAAAAAUAGAACCCAAGUUCUCCAAGUAUGGUGACAGUGGCACUUAAAAAAUUCUGAAUGUAACUUUGUUUAAAAAAAAAAAAGCCCGUAGGAAGUUUGUCUUCUGACACCAAGAGACCCGCCGCACCUGAGAAUUCUCUGGUCCUUCUGGUGUCCCUCUUCACAUGCUGUGCUGAGUGGCCGGUACCAGCCCCGUAUUUCUGUUCUCCCAGGUCAGUGCUGAAUGAUUACGGGCUUAUGCUCUCACGUGCCCACUCCUGGUUCCGACAGUCAGUGGCCUGGAGCACAAAGCUGUUAACAUAAAUAUCACUAGCAACAGUUUUAAACAAGUCGAUAUACAAAGGCAUUUUAUGUGAGAAUUUUUUUAAAAAACUACUUGUAUAACCUUUGUCAUUAAUGUACAAAAAUGCUAAGUGACUUGUAAUUUGAACAUUUGUGAUCUGUUUUUACUUUGCUUAGUAUAUGUGGGCAAAGCAAAAUCUUCUGUAUUAAGUCCAUAUUACCAAGAGCCAUGAGUGGAUUAGACUUGACACAACAGGGUUGCCAAGCAGAGCUGACCCUGGGGCCUGUGGCAGAGCAUGGGGGGAGAGUGCAGCACUGUGGGCGCAUGUUUGCUGUGGACAGACUGCCCACUGCACCAUUACAGGAAAAGGAGAGGAAGCUGAUGUUAAGGGUAUAUACAGUGUUACACGGGGAAAGUUUAGAAAGGCAAGAGAAAUGCAGCAGUUGUUUUUGCCAUAGUCUAUAUGUUUGGCUUGUGGUAAAUGACUAUCAAAGUGAUUUAAAAAUCAAAAGUUAAUGUUAAUUUGAAAAGGACUAAUCAUAAUUCACACUGAGUUGCUUCUCAGUAUUUGCAGUAAAUAGGCUCUUGCCACUGACUGGGGAAAGUCAGUGACUCUCAGGUCGCAAAGGUAAGUGGGUGGUGAUGCUUAUUAAAUACAAGUCACAGGAUUUGAAAUGCAGGAGCCUCAGAUCACCUGAUAUAACCCCUCAACUUCAGAGAGGAAAUGGGGGUCCAGAGACGUUAGAGCUACACAGAAAGCUGGUGAGCUGGAUGCCUGGCCCCUCACCUGGCCUGGACUCACGGUGCCCCUGGCUGGCACUGAAGGCAGGACCUGGUUUGCAUUCAGGUUAAGAUCUCCAAUGUGAAUGUUACUUGUGUAGGUGUCUUUUUACUUAAUUACUAAGAUUAAACUUUUCCACCCAGAAAAGGCAACUAAAGAGGGUGUUAGAUAAAAUCUUACAAAGCUAUUUUUAAGUCCUUGUCCAACUUCCCUUUGUGUCUUAGCCUUAGGGUUGAUAGUCUCUUGCUUUUUCAAUAAAGCCUCUAUUCAUUUCAUGUUUAAUCAGUAUGCAUAGAGUUCUGAGAAACAAGACUGUUUAACUGCUUUGUUUUCCUUUACUGCCCUAUUGGAUCCCUAAAGAAUCAGCUUGCAAAUUAUGGAUUAAGAAUGGUGGUUUGCCUUAAGCCUUUUGUGGACUGAGAUGGGAUGUCAAUUUAAAUAAAAAAUAACCACGCUGUUUCAUCUUCAUGUACAAAGGCACCAAAGGCCAUUCGUUGAGGAGGUGUGUACCGUGAGCAAUUUCAUGCUUUCUUACCACUGGCUUACCUUGACAUCACACAGGCACCUAUUCCAAAGCAACAAUUUAGAGAGGUGUCAUGGCCUUUUUUUUUUUUUCCCCAAAAACAAAACAAAAACCUGUGUAAUACCUAAGUAGAUCACAAACCCCCCACUUUGGUCUUUUGUUUUCAUCUAAAAAAAUUAGCAGCUAUUCCAAUUUUUAAUAGGUUUGAACUAUUUAAUUUACACCUUCCUCUGUAUUCGCAAAUGGGGACUGCAGAUUCCCUGCACAAUAGUCCGAUUUCUUGAGUAAUGAAAGCACUGCACAUGCUUACUGUACUUUUGUGUGAUGGAACUUGAGAAAUAAACCAAUACCUGUUAA